AUGAUGACCUCGAAUCUCAUUUCACGGCUUCUACCAUCAAAUCCCCAAGGUCGAUCAAUCUAUGACGAAAUACGUGCUCACGACGAAGCAUCCGAAUCAGAUAUAGAAGAACGAGCGGGGAUGGCACUCGAUGAGGAGAAUCUAAGGUUUCACGAUGAUGAAUUAGGAGAACCGGCAGAUAUACUUGACGGCGAAUCAGUUACAGAGAGCACGGCAUUUCUGCCUGGGCAACAACAAAUACCUCAAAAGCCAAGACAUCAUCGCAAAGGAAAGGGCAAAGAUCGCUCACAUCAUUUGGCAGAAUCGCCGAGAUUACUUGAAGAAGACCCCGACGAUGAUGUGCCUGCUUCAUUGUUGAUCGAGGGAAACAAUCGUCAUCCCGAUCCGGAGACCCCAAACCACGCCCGAAUAAGGCAGACAGCACUACCAAAGAUAGCUCCUGCAGUAACGGGACCAUCCGCACGAGAGACAAGAGAAGCAAGAGAGACAGCUCAUUGGGAAAUGACGCAGGCACAGCAGAAAUUACAUGAGGAUGAUGAAAUCAGAACCUCUGGUGUGCCUCAGACACCACAACCCACUCCUCGAAGCACUGGGUUCUUGACAGGCAGUCCGAAAGAUAAAGCUAUGUGGCGAUGGGUUAACGUGACAAACCUCGACAAUUUCAUUAGAGAUGUGUAUGAUUAUUUUGAGGGGACGGGAAUUUGGUCCAUAGUUCUCGCCAAAGUCAUUGACCUCCUCACACUUGUUUUUGUAGCAAUAUUUACGACUUUCCUUACACAAUGUGUCGACUAUAAGAAGAUACAACGUGAACACGCUCACAGCUUGAAUGAAGCAUUGGUUCCACAAUGCACAAAGAAGAUAUCUGGAUUUUCAAAUGUAGCAAUAUGGCUCCUCUGCCUGUUUGUACUCUAUAGAGUAUACCAGCUUUUGACGGAUCUUCCGAGACUUAUGAAAAUGCGUGACUUCUAUACAUAUCUCCUUGAGAUCCAGGAUAGCGAUAUGCAGACCGUGUCUUGGCAAGAUGUUGUCGCCAGAGUCAUGGCCCUGCGAGACGCAAAUCCUAUCACAGUGGAGAGAAUUUCGCCGUAUAAUCGAAAAUGGAUCUUGGGCACUCAAUCAAAAGAACGACUCGAUGCCCAUGACAUAGCCAAUCGCUUGAUGAGGAAAGAAAAUUACCUCAUCGCCCUGUUUAACAAGGAAGUUCUUGAUCUUACCCUGCCACUCCCUUUUCUGCAAGGUCGGCAGCUUUUUUCAAAAACUUUACAGUGGAACUUAGAGUGGUGCAUACUAGAUUUUGUCUUCAAUGACUAUGGCCAGGUCAGACAAUUGGUUCUGAAAGAUUCUCAUCGACGAGAGUUAAGCGAUGGGUUGCGAGAUAGAUUCUUGUUCGCAGGUUUGAUGAAUGUUAUCUGUGCUCCGGUCAUCGUUAUAUAUGUGCAAUAUCAUAAAAAUCCUGCGGCUCUCGGAUCGCGCUCAUAUACACCUCUCGCAGAGUGGAAAUUUAGAGAGUUCAACGAGCUUCAUCAUUUAUUCAACAAACGGGUAAACAUGUCAUACCCCUUUGCAUCGCGAUACCUCGACCAAUUUCCAAAGGUCAAAAUGGCCCAUAUGGCUAAAUUCAUAACGUUCAUGGCGGGCGCCGUUGUAUCGGUUUUGGUAAUUGCCACGAUCUGGGAUCCUGAUGUCUUUCUCAAGUUUGAUAUUACCCCAGAAAGGUCGGUAUUAUUCUAUCUUGGAAUCUUUGGACCGCUUUGGGCUAUCACAAAUGGCAUGAUACCAGAUGAAAAUCUUGUUUUCGACCCCGAGUACGCGCUCCGGAACGUGGUCGAAUACACUCAUUACAUGCCUAACCACUGGCAAGGUCGACUCCACAGCGACGAAGUCAAGAGAGAGUUCUCUAGUCUCUACCAACUUAAACUCGGGAUAUUUUUUGAAGAAGUCUUUAGUAUCAUAAUCACUCCAUUUCUGUUAUGGUUCAGCUUACCAAAGUGCGCUGAUCAGAUCAUUGACUUCUUCAGAGAAUUCACUGUUCAUGUUGAUGGUGUUGGAUAUGUUUGCUCAUUCGCGGUAUUCGACUUCAAGAAGGGGAUUGGAAGAACUCCAACACAAGGUAGGCUCAAUACCGACGUGCGAGAGGAUUAUUAUUCCACGAAGCAUGGCAAAAUGGCCGCCUCAUAUUAUGGUUUUCUGGACAACUACUUGCUCAAUCCAAAAACAGGUGUACCAGGACAUAAUCCACCGGGCAUGCGACAGCAAUUUCAUCCUCCUCCAGCUUUUCCAGGCUUGAUGUCGCCUACAUUAGCUGCGGAUAUGACUAGCUCAAGGAUGGGUCGCAGUGAGGCAAGACCGAUGAAUAGAGGGCCCAACGGUCCACAGCAAGCCGCACGGACACCUCGAUUCCCACCUAAUACUGGUGCUAACGGAUCUCCUAUGGCCUCCGUCCUUUUGGAUCCUCAUCAUCAUCCGUCAACCUCUGGAUUCGGAGCCCGUAGCGUUCGACGAAACUCUCGAUCACGAUAUCAAGCUCGCAGAGGAGCUAAUAUCAUUGAAGAGCCAAUAGAAGACGAGGAUGAACUUGGUCGAUCAGCAGUUCAACCUGGAAGAUCUCAUGCAAUUGAUGAGACUGUUGCGAAUCUGGGUGAAUCAACAUGGGAAGUGUCUCCAACCAGAGGGAACACUGGGGGAGUUAAAGAUGAGGAAGAAGAUGGUGAUGGAGUUGCGGGAGGUGGAGUCUUGGGACUGUUGUAUCAAUUUCAGAAGGCGCAAACCAAUGGUAGACCCGGAGUUAGCAUUUGA